AUGGAUUCCGAUCUUACCCUCGCAAUUAUCGGAUGCGGCAACAUGGGCUCCGCAAUUCUCUGUGGAAUCCUCGACGCAACAUCCACCACCAACAAUAAAGAAAGCCCGUUUACCCGCAUAGUCGCGUGCACAAAGUCCCAGGCAUCUGCAGACAAGCUUGAAUCUCGGUAUGCCCGGCAUUCAUCACAAAUACAGCUUGACUUUGUCGCCGGCGACAAUGCCACCGCCGCUGCACAGGCGGAUGUGGUCAUCCUCGGCUGCAAGCCGUACCUUGUUGAUGCGGUCCUGGCCGAGAAAGGGCUCUGUGAUGCACUGGCAGGAAAGCUAGUUGUUAGUAUUAUCGCCGGAAAGACAAUCGGUGUCCUUGUUGAGGGGAUUGCAAAGAAUCAGUCGGGCUCGGCUACGGAGUCUACGACGAUGGUUGCGCGCGCAAUCCCCAAUGUCGCUGCUAGCGUGCGGGAGUCCAUGACUGUCAUUGAGCUCCCCGAUGCCGCUCUCCAGAGUCAGGUGAAGGUGAUUGAGUGGAUGUUCUCGCAGAUUGGGAUGGUCAAAGUCAUUGGCGGCGAGUUGUUCGAUUGCGGCUCCAUGUUGAUGGCUUCGCUGGCUACGGUUUCUGUUGCCGUUGAUGGGAUCUUAGACGGGUGUGUUGCGGAAGGAAUGCGGCGGGCAGAUGCGUCUGAGAUGACAGCACAGUGCCUGCUCGGUCUUGCUAAGAUGUUGAAGGAUGGGCACCAUCCGGCAGUGCUGAGGGAGAGUAUCUCAUCGCCCAGGGGGUGCACAAUGCAGGGCUUGUUAGCUGUGGAGAGGGCUGGGGUGAGGAGUGCGUUUGCAGACUCGAUUAUUGCUGGGACGGGCCAUUUGAAGAGGUUGCAGGAGAAGCAGCUUGACCUUCUACGAAGCAGUAUCCGCAGUCAAUUAGCCAGUGUGGGCUUGCUUUUAGUUCUUAGAUUAUGCCACUCCCAUGUUUCGCUUGCCCAGCGUUGCAGAAAGCCUCAAGCUAGACCCUCGAAUGCGUUCGGAGCUGGCUUGCUCAAUCACUGCGCGGCAUCAACUCGCAGUCGUAUUGGAGCAGGAUCCCGCGUGCCUGGAAUUAUUGACCAAUCUAUAGUCUUUGAGAUCCCGAGACCUCCAACCCGAAACAGAGGCUGCCCUUGCUGCGCGUGCGCCGUGCGGGCAAACACGGAGCAGGAUUCGAUCUGUAUGGAUCCCCUCACCGACCGGGAAGACCGGGAGCUCAGCCUGGUCUCCUGA